AUGGGUUUGGACUUUUUGGAACAUGGAGCGGACUUCGAAGCCGCCAUAUCGGCGACUGGUUUCGGUCGAUUCCACUUCUGUCUGCUCGCCAUCACAGGACUUAUUUAUGCCGACACGGCUAUCGGCAUCACAAUUGUGUCCUUCGUGUUGCCGGCCGCAACAUGCGACUUCAGAAUGACAUCUGCCGACAAAGGGUGGCUCACUGCUGCUCCUAUGUUAGGAAUGGUAAUCGGUUCCUACUUCUGGGGUUGCCUGGCUGACACGAAGGGCCGUAAAAUUGUGUUGGUCUCCACCCUUCUCCUUGAUGGCUUCGUGGGCAUCUUCUCAUCGUUCGUCCAGAUCCUUCCUAUCUUCAUGGCUUGCAGAUUUAUUAACGGUUUUGCCGUUGCCGGAGCUAUGGGUAUCUGUUUCCCGUACCUCGGGGAAUUCCAGGCAACCAAAUACCGUGAGAAGAUCCUCUGCUGGAUGGAAAUGUUCUGGACUCUCGGUGUUAUAUUGCUACCACUUUUCGCCUGGGCCAUCAUUCCCAUCCAGGGUAUACGAAUGGAAGCAGGUAGUUUCUCAUACGACUCAUGGAACUGGUUCGUGUCUGCAUGCGCUGUACCCUCCCUCCUCCUCGGCUUCUGGCUCCUAACCUUCCCGGAGAGUCCCAAGUUCAUGAUGGAGUGCGGUGACUACGACGACGCUCUCGCCUGCCUGAAGACCAUUUACAAGCAGAACACCGGCGACGACCCUGAUAACUACCCAAUCAAAAGCCUCAAGGAAAAGCAACGUACAGUGUCGGUUGCAUCACAGAGCUCACAAAAAUCUGUGCGAUCAUUGAGCAUGCGAAAACCCAAGGAUCUUAAGAGACUGUUCAGCGAGAUCUGGGUUCAGACCAAAGCCCUAUGCAGACCGCCUUACCUCAAAUACACAAUACUCACUUGUCUCAUUCAGUUUGGCUUAACUACUAGCUACUACACACUUAUGAUCUGGUUCCCGGAGUUGUUCAAUCGUUACGAGGAGUAUGAACAUCGUUUCCCGAACACAUCGGCGUCCGUCUGUGACGUUUCCAGCGUUGUUGUCGACAAGGACUCCAGCGACCCCUUCGACUGCGAAAAAAUUAUCGACCAGAGCGUGUACAUGCAUACGCUGAUCGUCGGUCUCGCCUGUAUUCCAACUUCCCUGUGGCUCCCACUCUGUGUACAUAAACUUGGUGCCAAAUUCUUCUUGAUCUUCUCGCUAAGUUGCGCCGGCGCAGUGACCGUCGGACUGCUGUUCAUCGAAAACUCCACGCAGAACUUGGUGUUAUCCUGUAUCUUCGAAGCGCUCACAUCUCUCGCUAUCAGUCUUGUGUUCUGUGUACUUGUAGAUCUGUUCCCAACAAACCUCAGGGUGAUGGCAGCAGCACUGUCACUAACAGCUGGUCGAGGCGGUGGUCUUAUUGGUAACCUGUCCUUUGGUUAUCUGAUCGACAUCAACUGUGUUGUACCCAUUGUAGUCUUCGCGGCGUUCUUGUUUAUUGCCGCUGCCCUUUGCUUCCUCUUGCCAAAGACAGGACAAGAAGCUCUCGACUAG